UGUUCGUUGAAAAUUGCGGCGGAGGUAAUCGUUGAAAAUUGUAUUUUCCAGCACAUUUGCAAGAAAGUACAAGCUGCAUUUGUACAUAGAUUAAGACGUCUGGAAAAUAUGCGAUAAGCCAUGGCGGAUGAUGCCGAUAUUACGAAGCUGCCGCUCGAAGAUCGCCUCGUACACAAGGUAUGGAAGGCAAGGUUAAGUGGGUACGAAGAGUUGGUAAAAAUUUAUAAAAAGAUAGACGACGAAAACAACAAUGAGUUUAAUAAGUAUCUGGGAAUGCUCAAGAAGUUUGUGGUCGACAAUAACGCUGUUGCUCAAGACAAGGGUCUCGAAGCCAUUCUGGCUUUCUUAGAAGGUGCUUCGCCUUCUAUCUCUGGAAGAGUUGCUGGAGAUCUCAUAGCUGGAGUAGUGACCAAGUGUUUAAAUGCCAGACCAAAAACCAAGGAAAAGGGAAUUGAUAUUAUUUUGAUGUACAUUGAAGUCGAGAAACAAGACGUAGUUCAGGAGGAGGUCUUAAAAGGACUGGAGAACAAACAGCCUAAAAUUGUUGCUGCUUGUACUAGUGUGCUGCGUCAAGCCAUCAGUGAAUUUGGUGGCAAAGUCUUUAGUUUAAAGCCCAUUGUCAAAGUUCUACCUAAACUGUUUGAUCACAGUGAUAAAAAUGUCAGGGAAGAGGCCAAAGCCCUUGCCAUUGAAAUAUACAAGUGGAUCAGAGACAUCAUCAAAACACAGCUUCAGAAUAUAAAACCCGUUCAGUUAAAGGAGCUGGAAGAAGAAUGGGGGAAGCUUCCACCGGCCCCGCCUGCCCCUACCAGAUUCACCCGAAGUCAACAGCAGAAGAUGGCAGAGCAUGCAGCUGUUGCACCUGCCGCUACUGAUGGAGAUGAUGAAUCAGCAACUGAUGGAGGUUCUGUGGUUUUUGUACGAACAAUAAUUGAAAUGAAGCUUGUUGGUUUCCUUUAUAUUUUGUUUCGCAUACUUUCUUACACAUACUUUCUCAAUGUUUUACAGUUAAAGGAGCUGGAAGAAGAAUGGGGGAAGCUUCCACCGGCCCCGCCUGCCCCUACCAGAUUCACCCGAAGUCAACAGCAGAAGAUGGCAGAGCAUGCAGCUGUUGCACCUGCCGCUACUGAUGGAGAUGAUGAAUCAGCAACUGAUGGAGGUGGAGUGGCUGUCCCUGACCAGGAAGCUAUUGAUCCAUAUGCACUAAUAGAGGCAGUUGAGAUUCUUUCAAAACUUCCCAAGGACUUCUAUGAAAAUUUGGAGAACAAGAAAUGGCAAAUAAGAAAGGAAGCAUUAGAAGCACUUGAAAAACUUGUGUCAAAUCCUAAACUGGAAGGAGGACAGUACGGAGAACUACUGGGUGCCUUGAAGAAAAUCAUUACCAAGGAUGCAAAUGUUAUAGUUGUGGCUCUAGCAGCCAAGUGCACUGGUCAGUUAGCGACAGGUCUGCGCAAGAAGUUCACACAGUAUUCCUCCAUGAUAAUAACUCCACUCUUGGAGAAAUUUAAAGAAAAGAAAACAAAUGUGGUGGCUGCUUUAAGAGAGGCUGUUGAUGCUGUUUUCCUCACUACAAGCCUGUCUGCAAUGCAAGAAGAUCUUUUAGCAGUUCUUGAAAGCAAAAAUCCUUCUGUCAAGGAGGAAACUAUCCGAUUUCUGGUUCGUUGCUUCAGCAAGAGCACACCAGCGGCACUGCCCAAGACUUUCCUGAAGCCAGUUUGUAGCAGUCUUCUGAAGAGGAUGGAUGAUACUUCAGGUCCUGUAAGAGAUGCAACGGCAGAGGCAUUAGGUACAUUGCUGAAGGUUAUGGGAGAGAGACCUUUAAACCCAUACAUUGAACAACUUGAUAAAAUCAAGAUGGACAAGGUCAAAGAAUGUGCUGAGAAGGCGGAAGUGAGUGCCGUUCCUGGCAGUGCAGCUGCUAAACCAGCUAGUGCUGGGGCAACCAGUACGGAUGGUGGCAAGAAAGAGGCAGCAGCGGUCAAGAAGCCAGCUCAGAAAUCAUCCAAACCUGCUGGUAAAGCAACUGAUUCUGCCAAACCUGCUUCAGCUUCUUCUAGCUCAGGGCCCCCGAAGAAGAAACCAGCAGCAGGUGGUGGUGGAAAAGCAGUGAAAGGAAAGAAGAAGGCUUCUGCUACUACUUACGAUAGUGAGGAACCAACUGAACAAGAGAUGUCGCCAGAAGAUGUCGACGCAAAAGCGGCAGAGAUGAUCUCUGAAGCUAUAUUAAACCAGCUUGUGCAUGCCAACUGGAAGGAGAGACUAGCUGGUAUAGAAGCUGUUACUGAGCUUGUGAAGGGUAUGGAUCCAAAAACUACUCCAUCUCAAGUCCUGAUCAGAGUUCUUGCCAAGAAACCUGGCUGGAAAGAUACGAACUUCCAGGUUCUGAAGGCGAAGUUUGCUCUGUGUCAGUAUAUAGCACAGAACAUCAAGACGUUUUCUAAACGCAGUGCUUUUUAUGCUCUUGAUGGGUUGGUGGACAAGAUUGGAGAUAUAAAGUUGAAGGAUGUGAGCAAAGAAACACUCACUACAUUUGCUGUGGUGAUAUCUCUUAACUACAUAAGCUUGAAGGUUUCAAAACAUGCUGGCUCACAGAAGAACCCCAAAGUUCUGGCAGAAUCUCUUAACUGGCUCUCUGACGCAGUCAAAGCAUUUGGUUUCAAAAUUGACCUCAAGCCACACAUCAGCUACAUCAAGGAAGCGUUGACAAAUACAAACCCAGCUGUCCGCACUGCUGCCAUCUCAUUGCUUGGUACGCUGCACAUGUAUGUGGGAGCCAGUCUUAGGAUGUUCUUUGAGGAAGAGAAGCCAGCUCUCUUGCAGCAAAUUGACGCAGAGUUUGAAAAGAUGAAGGAUGAGAAACCUCCAGCGCCCACGCUAGGCCUGUCUCCUAAGGGAGCUGAUGAUGAAGAGGGAGGGGAGGAUGGAGAAGAUGGUGGGGGGGAAGGAGAGGAAGCUGUUGCACCAACUGUCAAUUUAGCCGAUCUUGUUCCUAGGAAUGAUAUAAGUGAUCAGAUAAAGCCAGCACUGAUUACAGAGCUUGGAGACAAGAAUUGGAAAGUCAGAGGCGAGGCCCUUCAAAAGUUGAUAGAUAUACUAUCUGCUGCAAAGUUUAUCACUCCUGAGCUAGGAGAACUGCCCCCAGCUUUGAAGGCUCGUUUGGGCGACUCCAACAAAAAUCUGGUGACCAUAACACUGAAUAUCUGCACAACAUUAGCAACUGCUAUGGGUCCACAAAUUAACAGGCACCUGAAGACUCUAGGUGCAGGAAUAUUCAGUACAUUAGCAGAUGCCAAGAACACUGUCAGAGCUGCUGGAAUCACCGCUCUGAAUGCCUGGCACAAAGAAAUAGGAUUAGCGCCAUUUAUUGAAGGCGAGGUCAUCUUUGGAGCUCUAAGCACCGAGAAUCCAAAUCUAAGAACAGAGGUGUUAGGCUGGUUAGAGGAGAAGUUACCAGUAGAAAAGAACCUUCCUUCCACUCUAGUUGCUGUAGUAGCACCUUUGUAUUCCUGUUUAGAGGAUCGUAGUGUUGAUGUCAGGAAGAAAGCUCAAGCUGUGGUGCCUCUUAUGAUGCAGCAUGUUGGCUGGGACACCAUGUGUAAACAGGCCAAUAAACUUAAGCCUGCUUCAAAAUCCAGUGUAAUGCCAAUUCUAGAGAAGGCAAAAGGAUCCCUCCCUGAGCCCACAAAAGGCCCAGGCAAACCAGCGGCUGCUAAACCAGCCAGCAGCAAGACUCAGGCAGACUCAUCAGCCACAUCCGGCGGAAGUGCGUCAUCAUCAGCCUCAUCUACGUCAUCAUCUGGUAACAAGAAAACCAAGCCCGGAAGCAAGCCGGCGGAAUCGAAGGCAAGUAGAGUAUCCGAGGGAAGUUUGACUCUUGGACGAUCACUCAGUAUGAUUAGGUCAUCCAAGAAGUCCACGGCAGAUGAGGAAAUUGAAGGCCCGCCUCUCUUGAGACACAACGGCAAAGAUGGCCGGUUUAAAGACGAAAAAGACCUCAAGGUGUUAAAGUGGAAUUUCACUGCUCCCAGAGCGGAGUUUGUUGAACAGCUUAAGGAACAGAUGAGGCCCUGCUUUGGAAAGACAUUGCACACGAACUUGUUUCACGCUGACUUCAAGUAUCAUCUUAUUGGAAUAAGCACCAUGCAGCAGUGUGCUGUACCACCAUCAGACGCACCUUACCAAACAGAAGUGAUACAGUCAUUAGAUCUGAUCCUCAAGUGGGUCACCUUACGGUUCUUUGAUACCAACACCACAAUACUCAUCAAAUGUCUGGAGCUCAUGGACGCUAUAUUCGUCAUGUUAGCGCAGGCUGAUUAUCAAAUGUUAGAGUUUGAAGCUUCCAGUUUUAUUCCUUAUCUUGUUCAAAAGGUUGGCGAUCCAAAGGAUGUUGUGAGAAAGAUGAUUCGUAAUCUGUUUAAACUGCUCACAAAGAUUUACCCUGCGAGUAAACUGUUUAACUAUGUCAUGGAGGGUAUCACGUCCAAGAACUCCAAGACAAGAAUGGAAUGCCUUGAAGAGCUUGGUUCUCUGAUCCAAGUGUACGGUAUGAACGUGUGCCAACCCACCCCUCCCAAGGCUCUGGCGGCCAUCGCUGCUCAGAUAGGCGACAGAGAUAACGGAGUGAGAAAUGCCGCAUUGAAUGCUGUGGUGGAAGCUUACUUUCUUAUUGGAGAGAAAACGUGCUACAAGUACUGUUCACAGCUGUCUGACAAGGACCUUGCGUAUUUAGAGGAACGUAUAAAACGAUCUUCAAAGAAUCGUCCGAACACCGCUCCUGCAAAUGAAAACACAACAAAGACCAGCGUCAGUGCACGCGGAGGGAGUGACUCUUCAGCCAAUGGAGGCAAGAAAAGAGAGGAAAAAAGACCCGGCAAGGCACAGAUGGCAAGGCCUGUCACAGCACCCGCACCAAGACAGUCUGACAAUAUCCGGCGGGAGUUCAGUCUUGAUAUUGAUGGCAUUGAAGGAGAUGAUUUACAUCAUGAAGUGGCUGUACCGACACUGGAGACUAAUGAAGCUUUAGAUGACUUGAUCAGUGCACCUGUACACAAACCUCACACCAAAAACCCCGCCUCUCCUCAUAUGGGAGUGUUCAGCCGGACAAACCCGACCGCGGCUUUCAACUACGUCAUCUCUCAGAUAGCCAGCGGUGACGUCACGGCUAGUACCCAGGCCCUAGUACAGUUUGAAAAAGUAGUACGGAAUAAAAACCACAAGGAAGUCAGUAAACACAUCGACCAGUUUCUGAAUGCCGUCUCCCUUCAACUGAACAUGAUCCUCACCACACACAUCCCUAACAUUGAAUCCGGCCAGCAGCCAGAGGCGACAGUGCUGAGACUCAUCAACUGUCUGACGGACACCAUGUUGGGUGUGUUCUCCAGCCCUCCGCUCGCUCGCGCCGUAUCCCGCAGCUCACUGAAGCAGGUGAUGCAGGUGCUGAUAACGGUGUUGUCAGAUGAUCGCUUGGCGGCUCUGGAGGAUGGGCCACAGAUAUUGAGAGCUAUUAAUAUUUUGAUGGUCAAGGUGAUCGAGAUGUCUGACCAGACGUAUUGUGCUGUACCGCCAUCAGACGCACCUUACCAAACAGAAGUGAUCCAGUCAUUAGAUCUGAUCCUCAAGUGGGUCACCUUACGGUUCUUUGAUACCAACACCACAAUACUCAUCAAAUGUCUGGAGCUCAUGGACGCUAUAUUCGUCAUGUUAGCGCAGGCUGAUUAUCAAAUGUUAGAGUUUGAAGCUUCCAGUUUUAUUCCUUAUCUUGUUCAAAAGGUUGGCGAUCCAAAGGAUGUUGUGAGAAAGAUGAUUCGUAAUCUGUUUAAACUGCUCACAAAGAUUUACCCUGCGAGUAAACUGUUUAACUAUGUCAUGGAGGGUAUCACGUCCAAGAACUCCAAGACAAGAAUGGAAUGCCUUGAAGAGCUUGGUUCUCUGAUCCAAGUGUACGGUAUGAACGUGUGCCAACCCACCCCUCCCAAGGCUCUGGCGGCCAUCGCUGCUCAGAUAGGCGACAGAGAUAACGGAGUGAGAAAUGCCGCAUUGAAUGCUGUGGUGGAAGCUUACUUUCUUAUUGGAGAGAAAACGUGCUACAAGUACUGUUCACAGCUGUCUGACAAGGACCUUGCGUAUUUAGAGGAACGUAUAAAACGAUCUUCAAAGAAUCGUCCGAACACCGCUCCUGCAAAUGAAAACACAACAAAGACCAGCGUCAGUGCACGCGGAGGGAGUGACUCUUCAGCCAAUGGAGGCAAGAAAAGAGAGGAAAAAAGACCCGGCAAGGCACAGAUGGCAAGGCCUGUCACAGCACCCGCACCAAGACAGUCUGACAAUAUCCGGCGGGAGUUCAGUCUUGAUAUUGAUGGCAUUGAAGGAGAUGAUUUACAUCAUGAAGUGGCUGUACCGACACUGGAGACUAAUGAAGCUUUAGAUGACUUGAUCAGUGCACCUGUACACAAACCUCACACCAAAAACCCCGCCUCUCCUCAUAUGGGAGUGUUCAGCCGGACAAACCCGACCGCGGCUUUCAACUACGUCAUCUCUCAGAUAGCCAGCGGUGACGUCACGGCUAGUACCCAGGCCCUAGUACAGUUUGAAAAAGUAGUACGGAAUAAAAACCACAAGGAAGUCAGUAAACACAUCGACCAGUUUCUGAAUGCCGUCUCCCUUCAACUGAACAUGAUCCUCACCACACACAUCCCUAACAUUGAAUCCGGCCAGCAGCCAGAGGCGACAGUGCUGAGACUCAUCAACUGUCUGACGGACACCAUGUUGGGUGUGUUCUCCAGCCCUCCGCUCGCUCGCGCCGUAUCCCGCAGCUCACUGAAGCAGGUGAUGCAGGUGCUGAUAACGGUGUUGUCAGAUGAUCGCUUGGCGGCUCUGGAGGAUGGGCCACAGAUAUUGAGAGCUAUUAAUAUUUUGAUGGUCAAGGUGAUCGAGAUGUCUGACCAGACGUAUGUUUUAGGCUCCUUGAUCAAACUCCUACAAGACUGUCUCAAGCUUCUUCAAGAGACCACCGGCACGUCGCUCAGCUCGCCCAAGUUUCUUGACCUCGUUAUGAAGUGUCUUUGGAAAGUUGUUCGCAGUUUACCUAAAAACAUCUCAGAUGUGAAAGUGGAUCAGAUUCUUUUGGAUAUUCACACGUUCCUGUUGACUCACCCGGAUCAGAUGUGGAAAAACCGCGCUGAUGAUACACCGCUCAGAACUAUCAAGACUGUGCUGUACACGCUAGGGAAACUCAAGAAACAAGAGAUCUUAGAUUGUCUGGGGUUGAUAGAUGAUCCAGAUAGUAGCGAAGUUGCCGCGUACUUGAAGAAAAUUCUGAAGAGCAAUGGUCGCCGAGGCACCGAGAAUCACGUGAACGGAAGUGACUCAACGACGCCACGUAGGGCCUCGGUACCAGACCUCUUGGUGGGGGUUGAUGGCGGAAACAAGUUCCAAAACAAAGAGAAGAUCAAUGAGAAGCUAGCGGAGAUAUUCGCUAAGAUAGGCUCAAAAGAAAACACCAGAGAGGGCUUAGCUGAGCUUUAUGACUUCAAACAAAAAUAUCCCGAGGCUGACAUUGAUCCAUUUCUCAAACGAACUUCCGAGUUUUUCCAGAGUUACAUCGAGAGAGGAUUAAAAAAUAUCGAGAUGGAGAGAAAAGGAAGAAAAGUAACAGGAAACGGUUCUUCCUCGGGGAUAUCGACUGCAGCAGUCAGCUCUGCGAAUUCCACAGCAGCGGAAAACACUGACGAUGCCGACUCGUACAGAGACCGACUAAAGGUGCUUAGAAUGAGAGCUGGCCUUGAUAACGGCGCCAACACUGAAUCAAAGAAAACGGAAAAGGCAGACCAGCGCGUUCCCGAGUAUGGAGGAGAUCCUUCGUUAGACGAUCAGAGGCUCUCAGAGGCAGACAAACGGCCUUCCUACACAAAUAUCCCCGCAGUCAUUUCACAGUCGACGGAUACCGGUGAUUCGAUAUCUGCGGAUCCAGACAGUAUAUUGGACAUCAAGAAAAGACUUGAACGCAUUAAGAACAAUUCAAGAAACUGACAAACUAUUUCAUGAUGUUCUUCACGAGCAACUGGCAAAACAAAAACUAGCGUGAAGAAUUACGUCAAAACAAAAGAUGUAAAGGGAAAGACAAAAGCAGCGAGUGGAACGAAAAGUGGCAAAAAAUUGGAAUGUAGAUUCCUUAACCCCAAAGAGGCACUUACUAUGUGUAGAAUAUGGGCUUCUGUUGCGAAGAGCGUUGGACUCAAGCAAUGAAGUUCUUGAUCAAUUUUUCAUAUGAUUUUGUUGCGUUUCGCAUCACUGAGUCAAUCAAGACGAAGAUAAUGAUAGAAUUCACAAUGGACUCAGUCUUGUGUUUGCAACGAAAUCUGACAAUUGCUACGAAGGAUUUUGCUAAAAAAAAAGAAUCUUUUUGAGGUGUUACAGUUUUUCGCUUUUAAACGGAAUGACUGGGAAAUCAUAGUACCAUUUGCUUAUAUCGCUAGUAUCUUAUCCUGAUCAGUGCAGCCAUUUCUGUUGUUACCCAGCCUGUAAUAGUGACGGCUCCGGGUUGUUCGAAAGGUAGAUAACCCUAUCCACCGAUAAAUCACUAACCAGUGGAUAGCGUGGUUUGGUUUGUAAACACUGAUCCACUGGAUAGCGAUUUAUCCGGUGCCUUCGAACAACCGGGGUCAGGAAAAUAUCCGCAAAUGGUACUACUUCCUGUCAGUUUAUUGAUUACAAGAUUGUGUGACGCUUUUGAUGUCACGCGUGGUCACGGGUGUUGGUGUCGCCGCUCAAAAAUGAAGAGCUUUAUAUUUUUGACUCGGUUAGUUAUAAUUGUUCAUAUUAGAUAAAAGUGUGGUUAUUGUUUGUAAAAAAAUCUAGUGUACAGUAUAAUAGCUUGCUUGUACAUAUUGAAAUUAAA